CUUUCUGAGAUGUUUCCUAGUGCGGGCGUUACUGAGAAAACCCCCGCGCGAACUCGCCUAGAGGAAAGCUGUCAAGUCCAGAAGGGCACAGAGAAGUAAGGGCGGAGAGCACCCCUUUCCCGUUUCCGGCUGGAAGAGAGCUGCGUUUGGACCUCAACCUUCCGGACGCGGUCAGGGAGCAGCCCCGGCCACGGCCCCAAAUCCUGUCUCCACGGGGGAACUUGAAGCUCCCGCACGCGGGUCCUGCGGCGGCCGGGCUCGACUAGGCCCCGGUUGCCACCAGUGGUCGCCGUGAACCCAACAGCCCGAAACUUUUCGGCCCUCCCCGACCAGAACCCGAACGACCUCUUCAGGAUUUCGGGGUUCCCGCUUCGUCUCAGGCCCCUGGUGCUCAGAGUUGAGAGCCAGGGGCCCCGCCUACCUGCUAGUCCUGGGCUGGCGGACGCGCGCUGGGGGAGCACUUCCGCCAGACGUACGCACUUCCGGCCGCCUGGAGCCAAUGAGGGCGCGGCCGCGGGUGUUCCCCUCGCUGGCGUCCGGGCUGCGGGUCGUCCGGCGAAGGACUCGGGCCGCUUUGCUCUGAGGACGCGGUAAGCCCCUACCCUGAGCCCCUGAUAAACUCGUAUCUAGGGGAGUCCCCCCAGCACCCCGUUUUGUCGCGAGCAUAGGGGAGGCCAAGGCGGUGGCAUCUUUGAGGGUCAAAUACAGCGGUUGCCGAGGCAAGGUCAUAUUCAAGUUUGGGGCGAGGAGCUUGCCUCUUCAUCCUUUUCUCUCUCCGUGGGACCAAAAACCUCGGUAAAUUUGCCUCUGACCUUCGACACUGGUGCAUUCACCCUGAAAAAAUAAAUAAAUAAAUAAAUAAGAAAGUUCCUCUAGAUGCGGCUUCUGGAGCUCGGCGGAGGUGGUGGGAGGCAGAGCAGGAAGUCCAUUCUGAACGACUUCUCUUUCCUCCCAAAUCUUUUCCAAAUCAAAAUACUAGGCCCCGCUUUCCCUGGUGCGGUUUGACACUCACGCCCCUCGAGAAGGAGACUAGUGAGCUGUGGGGCAGCACUUCAAAAAUUACUGAGAAAUUAGGUGGGAACCAUUUUCUGCUGUUUCCCAGCCCAUCUCCUGGAAGCGUCAGCAGGGUUUCUGGCAAAUACGUCAGAGGUGUCACCUUUAAAGCUACUUCUUUUUUCAGGCGCCCAGGGUAAACUUCCAACUGAUAUUACCGGAGAACUCUACCAAAAUGAGUUAUUUCUGCCAGUUCUGCCUGAUGGUGGAAUUCCUUACUUCUUACCAUAAGGUGUAUUUCAGAGUUAUAAUUUGGGUGUGAAACCACUCUUCUAGCCCAAGUUAGAAAAGACUGCUGAUGGGGAUGUAAAGUACAGCAUAGGGAAUAUAGUCAAUAAUAUUGCAAUAGCUAUGUGUGGUGCCAGGUGGUUACUGGACUUAUUCGGGGGAUCACUUUGUAAGUUACUCAAAUCCCUAACCACUGUGUCCACUGUAAUGGGGAAAAUGUGGGUUAAAAUAAAGACUUUGGCACACAAGUUGGAAUGGUUCAGUAGCUUACCUUGCAAAGACACUUCAGACUCACAGAAUGCCCUUUGUAAAAGUAUGUUAAUGUAACUAUCUCUCAUUUCUGGUAUGUGGAUAUAUAUGGAAGUGUCAACAUUUUAAGCAACAUGGAACCUUCAGUACAAAUGAGGUCAGUGCGAAACAAAACAAAGCUGGAAGAUACAUUUUAUUUCACCACUUGAAGAACUUGCUGAAUCAACAUUUGCUCUUGUGUACUUCCCCUAAUUUUCCUGUUGGUAAUACAGUAUUCUAUUCAGGCAUUUGUGUUGGUUUUGGUGUGUGCAGUCUUGAAGCUGUGGAGGAAAGUGCUCACCCUACAAGCAUUCUCUUUGCCUGCUCUUCUUUCUUAGUGAUUAACCUGAUCUAGUGGUUCUGUACCUUUGGCUUCUUGUUUAUAGUAAAUGGAGAAUGAAAAAGUAUUCCUUGUGCAUAAGUAAGAGAAAUUGGUUUGGGUUCCAGUCCUCAUACAAAAAUAGAACCCAAACCCUGGGAGUGGGGGAGAAGAAAUUGUAAAACUAUAUAUCAGGUAAGUAGUCAUGGGAGAGAGCGUUGGAGAAAACAGCUUCAGAACUGAGAGUCAUAACUGGGAAACCAGAUACAGACACAUUUCAGAGAGAUUGGGGUUCUGUUCCGGACCGCCGCCAUAAAGUGAGCGCCGCAAUAAAGCGAGUCAUCAUCUUUCUCCUCGUGGAGGGGUUUGCCUUCAAUUUGUAGAAUAAAGCAAAAGCAACACCUGUGAAGCGAAAUGAAAUGAAGCACAAUAAAAUGAGGUAACGCCUGCAGAUACUGCUUGAUGGCUGCAGGAGUUUAGAACACUUCAACUUGGACUUGAGAUGGGAGCCGACAGUGUGCAAGUUGCUCCAAUGAGACGCCUUAGCUUCUUGGACUUCCCUUUGCAGUGUGACAGUCCUAGCUGAGCAGUUACUUCCCCUGAGGGGCUGAUAAGCCUUUGACAAAGACCACCCGGGAGGUGCCAGAGUGUGCCGCUCAGAUCAGCGCCGUCAGGGUCCUAGCAUGGAAAAUCCCCAGAAGACAGAAGUGGUUCUCCUGGCCUGUGGCUCCUUUAACCCAGUCACCAACAUGCACCUCCGGUUGUUUGAGCUGGCCAGGGACCACAUGAACGCAACAGGAAAAUACAGGGUUAUCAAAGGCAUCAUUUCUCCUGUUGGCGACGCCUACAAGAAGAAAGGUCUCAUCUCUGCCCAUCACCGAGUGAUCAUGGCACAACUUGCCACCCAGACUUCCAGCUGGGUGGAAGUGGACACCUGGGAGAGUCUGCAGAAGGAGUGGGUGGAGACUGCGAAGGUGCUAAGACACCACCAGGAGAAGCUGGAGGCUAGAGGCUGUGAGCAGCAGGACUCCCCUGUGCUGGAGAGGCCUGGCCGGAAGAGGAAGUGGGCUGAACAAAGAUCAGAAUUGAAUCAGAAGAAGACCCUAGAGCCACAAAGAAAAGACGUGCCCGAGGUCAAGCUGCUCUGCGGGGCAGACCUGCUGGAGUCCUUCGGUGUCCCCAACCUGUGGAAGCGCGAGGACAUCGCCAACAUCGUGGGGGACUACGGGCUCGUCUGCGUCACCCGGGCUGGAAACGAUGCUCAGAGAUUCAUCUACGAAUCGGAUGUGCUGUGGAGACACCAGGCCAACAUUCACCUGGUGAACGAAUGGAUCACCAACGACAUCUCGUCCACGAAGAUCCGGCGAGCCCUCCGAAGGAGCCAGAGCAUUCGCUACUUGGUACCAGAUCUUGUCCAAGAAUACAUCGAGAAGCAUAAUUUGUACAGCGCCGAGAGCGAGGAGAGGAACGUCGGGGUCAUCCUGGCGCCUCUGCAGAGAAACACGGCCGCCACUAACUCAAGAACUACCACAGCGUGAAGCUGCAUGCCUCCCCUGGGGGGAUCUGAAACUGUCUGGGUGUCAGCAGUUUAAUUGAUUUGAGCCAGAGAGAGCAGCUGGGGGAAGGAAUUGUGAUCCUCUUUCAUACAUUGAAACUUGAAAGUUUGGUAAAAAUCAGUAGUAAAUUAAAAUCAGGUUUAUUUUUUUUUUCUUUUUACCAGAAGUUGCGAAGGUGAAUGUUUUCAGUAUUACCAUCUUUUUUGUUUUGAAUGUGCAAAUCCUUUUAUCUUUAAAACGAGAUUAGCAGCACUCUAACCAGAAGACUGUUUAAUCAAAUUAACUAUAAAUCAGAAGGCAAAAAGGACAUCUGGCUUUCUCAUACUAGAGAAGCAAAGUCUGAAAAGCCAGGUGCAUUUAAAGGCCUCACAUUAGUUAUGAAGGAACGAACACUUAUGGAUGCCUAAUUCUGGGCCGAAAAAGUCACUCUUGCAAAAGGCAGCACGGAGCGGCCAUCUCCAGCUGUGCACAGGCAGGCUGGGAAUGUGCCUGGCAGCAACCUCGGGCCCACAGAAUGGCUGGUUAGGCUUCACCAAGAUACACCUGCCUAGAGCUCCGCCUUUGGAGGCAGGGAGUGGGGUCCAAGCCCUGGCAUGUUUGCAGAGGCGGGCAGGUUUCUCCGAUGCCCCCUGGUGGGAGAGAGCCUGUGCGUCACGUGUCUUAUACGUUCUCCUAGCACAGCCCUAACCCUGGCCACCCACCCUCGUUUAUCCUCAGGAGCCACUUUGGAGAUGACAUCACGCUAAUGCAGUGUCUUAUUCAAGAAUGUGGUUAAGUGUCAGUGCUCUAAGCUUUAUGGGUAGCUUAAUAAGCAAAAGACAAACGGAGACCUUAAACACAUGAGAAACGCCCUGCUUGUGGCCAGAGUUUCAGCUCAGGGUUGGGGCGCUGGUGAGAGGUGUAGAGGCCAUCAGCCCCGCCUGCGCUGAGGGUCUGAAGAGCCUGCUGUUUCGUUGCAGCCACAGUGAAGCUGCCUUUUGUGAAUCUGUACAUUUUUCUCUUCUUGUCCCUUUGUGUGGACUUUAUUUUUUUUAUUAUUUUUUAAAAUAAUUUUAUUGAUUUUUUACAGAGAGGAAGGGAGAAGCAUAGAAGUUAGAAACA